AGAUACUCAAAACAGUAAAAUGCUUGACUAAAUAUAGAACAUAAUUCACGAUGAUUCAGAUUUGAUUAUAGCAAUUGCAAAUUGGCCACCGAAACUAGUUACGAGAUGCUGUUAUGAUCGCAACAGCAAUGAUUUUAGUUUUGGUAUAAAGAAGAACGUCAUUUAACCUGAAAUGCAUGUAGAAGGAGAGUUCCUGCAGCUUGCUCUAUACUAAAUAUCCCAUUAUGCUUAAACACAUGGCUUUGUCAAGUUUCGUAGUUGUGGUGUUUCUUGAAGAACAUGGUGACUUAUUUAUUUCAUUUAGUUUGAGCUAAAAAAUCUGAUACAUUCAUUGCAAGGUAACUUUUGAUUUCAUUUAAAACAUUGCUUUUUCUGGAUUUGGAUAGGAGUUGCACAUUGUUAUAAUAAAAAGAAAAAUACCGCAUCCUUUUUUUUAUGAAAUAAAAAGAAAAAAUUGUCACCGCUAGACCGCUUUUGUUUUGGAAAAUUUUCCUGAGAACCAAGAUAUUAAUUUUUUAUGGCCUAAUGUUGAUCUUUUUUAAAUGCAUUUUAUUCAGCUGAUCCCUCUCUAUUCUCUCACCAAUAGUAUAAAUUGAUGAUUUGAUCAUGAAUUAUCGGUUUACAUACAAAUCUGAAGGUUGAUUGAGCAAAGUUUCUGGGACACUUCCGCUUUUAAUUAAAAAGUCUCGCUGAUCAACCAGAGUGAAAAGGGGAAUAACUCAAUUUUCCAGUUUUAACAUAAAAGGAGUUGUUUCCCUUUUCACCUAUACUUAAAACAAUCCAAGUUUUUAAUAAAUGUAUAAUACAUAUUUCUAUUCAAUCAUUUCAUUAAUGAAUAAUUAAGCUAGAAAUGCACAGAGUAAAUAAUGAAGACGAUUAUUAAAAAAUAGGUCAAAACACACAUUGUCAUGUUAGAUAAAGAUUAGUGUAAUAGUUAUUAACUCUCUCUCUCUCUCUCUCUCUCUCUCUCUCUCUUUUGGUGAUGAAAUUUAAAUAAAUAUUAAUUACCUUUGUUUUUUGAUUGUAAAAUCAUUUACCAUCCAAACUAUUUGCUGUAUAAUAUUACUUUGUGUUAUACAUGUACUGGUCUGUAGAAUUGUGUGGUCUCUUUAUAGGUUUCAAGUGUAUGAUACACAGAGAUACAGUGGAUGAAGUCAAGAAAAACAAAAUACACAUGUGGUUUUGAGACCUAGUACCUCUACACAAUGGAAACAGCAAGCACUCCAUGUAAAGUACAUCAGUGUUCUAAGUGUCAGGGGGACACAGCGUACUAUUGUGUAUCGUGUCCAUGUGAUCUGUGUCCCCAGUGUAAAGAGAACCAUGUAAAAGAUCUCCAAACAAUAGACCAUGAUGUUGUGUCACACCGUGAUAAAAUCAACUACAUCCCAACACAAGAGAUAUGUGUGAGACAUCUUUACAUGUUUCGUGAGAUGUACUGUGAACAUUGUGAACUCCCUGUCUGCUAUCAUUGUUCAGAACAUAGAACACAUCGGUGGAUAAAUCUUCAGAGAGUAUAUCAAACAAAGCGACAACAACACAGAGGAACCAUUCACACCAUCAGUGAAGCUCUCUUUUACAGACCUGUUCUCCUGCCACGAAUCAAAACUGAUUUCAAAACCUGUCACAUAGAAUUCUCCCUCUAUCAAUCAGAGAUGUUAACAAAGGCCCAGACACUGAAGCAUCUCAUUAACAAAGUGAGAAAAGAUUUCAUUAAAAAUGUGUUCUGUGACUUUGAUUUCAAACACAGAUGUUUAAAACAGAAGAAAGAAAUGAUCAGACAUAUUGUCAGCCUACAGGAAUAUGAACUCAGAUAUGUACAACCAGAAUUCACAUUCAGUGCACUACAAUUCCUUUCCUCCAUAAAGAAAGCCCUCCCCCAGAUACAUCCUACACACCACACCAGCCAGCUCUCCAUGACUGAGUCACUCAACAAGGAGGAUGUGAUGGAGUCACUGAGUGCAAUCCAAAUCACAGAGAGAGGAAACCGACACGUAGGAAACCAGUGUCUGCUGAAACUGACGUCUGCUCCUGAGCUCCAUCAAUCUCUCACAGUGACAGGUGUUGAUUGUUGUGAUCACAUUUCCUGUGUGACAUCAGACCGGGUCUGGGUCAGUGAUGACAUAAACAAUCUCAUCUUGACAGGCACAACAGGUGUCCCUCUACAUCGUGUGGAGGAUUCAUAUCCUGGUUUAUUUAGAUAUGGAGGAUUACACACAGUGAACAGUGAGAGUGAACUGAUUUAUAUAGAUAGGAAAGGUAACAUCAACAAACUGUCAAAGGAUAUGAAAACAGCCACCACAUUUAUAGAGACAACAGACUCUACAUGGGACCCACUGUGUGUGUACUGGUCUCCGUCUACUGGGGAUCUACUGGUCGCGAUAUAUAAUGAUGAUACAAAGACAGGCAAGGUAACCCGGUACAACCAGAGUGGACAACUCACAAAAACCAUACAGCACGACAACACAGGACGGGCACUGUAUAGUGGACCUCUCUAUAUAACAGAGAACAACAAUGGGGAUGUCGUGGUGUCUGACUCUAUAGAUAUUGGGUCUGGUGCUGUAGUGGUGACAAAGCGUGGAGGAAUACAUCGUUUCUCCUACACAGGACCUCCAUCAGGAUCAGGACUAGAGCCACGUGGAAUCUGUACUGACGCGCUGUCACACAUCCUGGUGUGUGAUGAUAAAACCAAAACAGUACAGAUGUUGGACAAGGACGGUCAGUUCCUGUCACAUCUACUGACAAAAUCACAAGAGAUGGGUGAACCACGGAGCCUGAGUUAUGAUGUCAACACUCACCGUCUCUGGGUCGGAUCAGGAUCACGGUACAACAAGGUGUGUGUCUACAGGUAUAUCACCAGACAGGACGCUCUGACAGAUCAAAGUCAAGUGAUGGAGUCACUGAGUGAAAUCCCAACCCCAGGGACGGAAAAACCACAGCAAGGAAACCAGUGUCUGCUGAAACUGAUGUCUCCCCCCGAGUUACUUCACUCUCUCACACUGACAGAUGUUGAUGGUUGUGAUCACAUUUCCCGUGUGACAUCAGACCAAGUCCGGGUCAGUGAUACAUUCAAUCUCAUCUUGACAGACACAACAGGUGUCCCUCUACAUCGUGUGAAGGAUUCACAUAGUUUUUUGAGUGGAUUACACACAGUGAACAGUGAGAGUGAACUGAUUUAUAUAGAUAGUAAAGAUAACAUCAACAAACUGUCAAAGGAUAUGGAAACAACCACCACAUUUAUAGGGAAAACAGACCCUACGUGGAGACCACGGUGUGUGUACUGGUCCCCGUCCACUGGGGAUCUACUGGUCGGGAUGUGUUAUAUACGUACAGACACAGGCAAGGUAACCCGGUACAACCAGAGUGGACAACUGACACAAACCAUACACCACGACAACACAGGACGGCGACUGUAUAAUCAACCUAACUAUAUAACAGAUAACAACAAUGGGGAUGUCGUGGUGUCUGACUAUAGCAUUUUCUAUCAGUCUGGUGCUGUAGUGGUGACAGAGCGUGGAGGAAGGCAUCGUUUCUCCUACACAGGACAUCCAUCAGGAUCAGGACUAGAGUCAAAUGGAAUCUGUACUGACGCGCUGUCACACAUCCUGGUGUGUGAUUAUAAAACCAAAACAGUACAGAUGUUGGACAAGGACGGUCAGUUCCUGUCACAUCUACUGACAGAAUCACAAGAGAUGGGUGUACCACGGAGCCUGAGUUAUGAUGUCAACACUCACCGUCUCUGGGUCGGAUCAUACAACAAGGUGUGUGUCUACAGGUAUAUCACCAGACAGGACGCUCUGACAGAUGAACACAGACCCCGUCCUGAUGGGGAGGCCAUGUUUAGCUCAACAUCAGCCGUAGAAUGGAGAUAGCUUGGAUAUUGACAUUGUAAAUGUUUCUGUACAAAUCUAGUCUGCUCUCAAAACCACACGUGUUGUUUGUCACUUUGUUCAACAUCUGCAGCUGAAAUUGACCUGUGUAUAAUUCCCAUGGACUGUAAUAUUGAGGCCUGUUUAUUUCACACUUUGUGAUCAUCCAAACAUGGCUGUCUAUUGCUAUAUGUAAAGUUAAUGUUAUGGAAAAUGGACUGCUGAUAUGAAUUUAAUAAUGAAUAAUUACUAUAAGUGUUUAGCUUUAUACUAUCUAAGACUUACUAGUGAUCUGAACACUGAGUGAGAUCAUAGACUCCAAGCCGAGAAUGCUUAGGAACUCGAGAAGGUGGCCCUGGGCAACCUACAACAUGAACUCGACCUCGAGAGGAAGAAUCUCAGAUCCACAAAGAUGAAAGUCUGGUUACAAGGCUCAACUCGAG